GCCUCGCGCGCUCCCGUCCGGGCGCCGCCGGCCCGCGGAGCACCGGGCACCCGCCGCAGCGGCUCUUCCUCCGGCGCUGCCAUGUCCGCCCUGGCCAAAGCCUCCGGCGCGCUCAAGUCGGUGGAUUACGAAGUGUUCGGGCGAGUGCAAGGUGUUUGUUUCAGGAUGUACACAGAAGAAGAAGCCAGGAAAUUAGGAGUGGUUGGCUGGGUUAAAAAUACCAGCCAAGGAACCGUGACAGGCCAAGUUCAGGGCCCAGAAGAUAAAGUCAAUGCAAUGAAAUCCUGGCUGAGCAAAGUUGGAAGCCCCAGUUCCCGCAUAGACCGGACAGAUUUUUCCAACGAAAAGGAGAUUUCCAAGCUUGACUUCUCGGGGUUUAGCACCAGAUACUGACAGAAGGAAACAUCCCGAAGCACAAAGAUGUUUCUGCUCCGUGAUAUUUGCUGUGCCUCCAUCCAGUGUCACCAAUACUAGAGAUAAACAUAAAUGCCCCACUGUUCCCACCAAGUAAGAAUUCCUAGUUUUGCUGUGUUAGCCACCUCACACCAGGGAUGCCAACAUUUACCAUCUAAAAUGCCAAUAUCUCAUUUAUUGCAGCUCCAGAGACAGAUAAAUGCUUAGAAGUGUCAGUGGUUACCUGUGCACAACGAGACUUGUUACAUACAGCCAUAUGGUUGGUACCUGAUCUUUACACUGUGAUUCAUCUUUCAGCUGCAAAAUAAUAAAUUCAUGUCCUGCUGUUUGUAGUCUCACCAAAAAUACUUAAUGGCAGAGCUGGAACACGGAGGUUUAUUGUAACAGCCCUGUGCUAUAGAUGAUGCUCUUUGGGUUAACUGGUUAAGGUGUAGUGGUAAUUUAAAAUAAAUUAAAAUAAAUACAAGUUGCCUCAAACUGGGAUUAUC